AUGGAAGAAGAAACAUGCGAGGUGCGUUCACAAGAUGAUAAAGCUCUUCUCGAGAAAAGCAGGAAAAGGACAGUGAAGACACGUGCUCAGGUUGAUGCUUUGGAAAAUUUUUAUGAUGAACACAAAUAUCCUACAGAAUUGUUGAAAUCACAACUUGCAGAGUCAAUAGGACUGUCGGAAAAGCAAGUUUCUGGAUGGUUUUGCCACAGAAGGUUGAAGGACAAGAGAUUAUUGAAUGGGGAACCAUCUGCAAUUGGGAGACAAGAUCGUUCAAGUGGGAUUAUACAGGAUCAUGGCAGUGGAUUUAAGCAAGAUUCCUGUGGUAGCACAAAACAGGGAGAAGAUAGAAUUUUUGACACCAAGGAAGUUGAAAGCGAAAGGUUAGUCGGCCAAGAACUUUCUGCUGCCAACCUUACAUAUGAGCCUGGUAAUCACUAUACCAGUAACCAUAAUCGUAUAAAUGAUGCAUCAUCAGGAGGUAGUUCAUCAUUACGCAAUAUGUCCUCCCAUCAUAAUGGUGACUUAUCUGAUAUGGCAAGCUCGAAAUACCUAACACCAAAGUUUCCUGGGGAUACGAAGGGUGUUAAAAUUAGGUCUGGCCCAUCAGGUUAUUUGAAAGUGAAAGGUCAGGCUGAAAACUCUGCUAUUACUGCUGUAAAAAAGCAGCUGGGAAGUCAUUACCGGGAAGAUGGUCCGCCACUUGCAAUUGAAUUUGAUCCACUUCCCCCUGGUGCAUUUGAAUCUUCAGAGCAGGAACAAAAUAAUGAACCUUAUUAUGCUGGACAUGUUCUGCGGUCCAUUCCUGAUGUUUCAAAAAUCCAGAAGUAUCAUAAUUUCAGUGAGGGAUAUGAAAACAAAUACACCGGCUCUCAUAACUCUGACGUGGAUGGAACAAAUUAUAAAAUGGCACAUGGGUCAGAAAUUUCUGGAAGUUACCUCCAGCGGAAGUUCAAGAUGAAGACUAGUAAAUCGGAUCCUAGGAUUAACUCGUCAGUGAAUUUGCCUGAAGGUUCUAGAAGAUGUAUGCCAGGCUAUGAAAGUAGGGACAGUUACCAAAUGAGGCCUCGACACAGUGUUGAAGUGACGAAAAUGGAAUCUGUUUCUUGUCAUCCUAAUCUGCAAAUCUAUAGUGGGAAAGUAACAGGGGAAUGGACUGAGCCCUUGUUUAAUAAGUAUAAUGAUGUAGGCCCAAAGGUUUCCCGUGGAGGAAACAUUGAAUACCCGCCUUCAAAUUUGACCAUUAAGGGAAACGAAUAUCACACUUCAGAAGACAAAGGAAUGCCCAGAAGGACAAUUAUGGAUGCCAAAGUUUAUAGAGAGAGGGUGGUGAAUGCAAUUUGUGAGCCUGCUGGAGUAAAAAUUCCCCUGAAGAAUGAAACGAGUACUUCAAAAAGAGUUAGAGAUCAAUUUUCUCAGCAACUGAAUGGGAAGAAACCGUCCAUGGUAGAUACCCAUUCAUGCACUUAUCAACUCCCAAGGUCUGUGGCUGAGAUCCCGUCUAGUUUUAGUGAAGACGACGAAAGUGCAGAAACGAGUUCCAUGGAUUGA